AUGGAGGUUGCAAUGGUGAGUGCAGAUAGCUCUGGGUGCAACAGCCACAUGCCCUAUGGCUAUGCAGCCCAAGCUCGGGCCCGAGAGAGAGAGCGGCUGGCACAGUCGAGAGCCGCAGCAGCUGCGGCCGUGGCAGCAGCCACAGCAGCAGUAGAAGGUGGGGCAGCAGGGGGAGGUGGGCCAUACCACCACUACCAUCAGGAGCAGAGUCGAGGUGCCUCCUCCUCGCGUGGUGGGAACGCGUCACGCAGCAGCGUGUCCCGCCGCCAGGGUGGUAAGAGGCGGAAGAAAGGGAAAAAGAGGAGCCACCACUUGGGAAGUAGGGAGUGUGGGGCCUCCUUCCCCUGUUCUGAGCUGCUGCCUCUCAGCGGUUCCGAAGAGAGAAUACUGAAGGACUUGAGUGAGGAGGAAGAGGAGGAUGAAGACGAGGAGGAAGACGAUGAGGAAGAAGGAAAGCUCUACUACAGUGAUGACUAUGGGGAGGAUGAGUUUUCCUACUCGGACCAGCCACCGGAUGAUGGUGGAGGCCCUGGGGGUUACAGCUCUGUUCGCUACAGUGAGUACGAGUGUUGUGAACGUGUAGUAAUCAACGUGUCGGGACUGCGGUUUGAGACCCAACUGAAGACUUUAGCUCAGUUCCCGGAGACGUUGCUGGGUGACCCAGCGAAGCGAGGCAGAUACUUUGACCCUCUCAGGAAUGAAUACUUCUUUGAUAGGAACCGACCCAGCUUUGAUGCCAUCCUGUACUACUACCAGAGUGGCGGUCGGCUGAAGAGGCCAGUCAAUGUACCCUUUGACAUCUUCAGUGAGGAGGUGAAAUUCUACCAGCUUGGGGAGGAGGCCAUGCUCAAGUUUAGGGAGGACGAAGGGUUUGUCAAAGAGGAAGAGGACAGAGCUUUGCCGGAGAAUGAAUUCAAGAAGCAGGUUUGGCUGCUGUUUGAGUACCCGGAGAGCUCCAGUCCAGCCAGAGGCAUUGCCAUUGUCUCUGUCUUGGUCAUCUUGAUCUCUAUCGUCAUCUUUUGUCUGGAGACUUUGCCAGAGUUCAGAGAUGACAAAGAAUUCCUCGUGUCCCUGAGUUUAGGGAAGGGGCUUUCCAAUGAGUCACUUCACUUGGAUGCUGGGGAGCACACCAUCUUCAAUGACCCUUUUUUCAUUGUAGAGACAGUAUGCAUCAUUUGGUUCUCCUUUGAGUUUACAGUGCGCUGCUUUGCAUGUCCAAGCAAAGCACAGUUCUUCAAGAACAUCAUGAACAUCAUAGACAUUGUCUCCAUCUUGCCUUACUUCAUCACUCUGGGCACUGACUUGGCGCAGGAACAGGGCAGUAAUGGUCAACAGGCCAUGUCUUUUGCCAUCCUGAGGAUCAUCCGUCUCGUCAGGGUGUUUCGCAUCUUCAAGCUCUCCAGGCACUCCAAGGGUUUGCAGAUCCUGGGUCAUACGCUCAGGGCCAGCAUGAGGGAACUUGGCCUCCUCAUAUUUUUUCUUUUUAUCGGAGUAAUUUUGUUUUCCAGUGCUGUUUACUUCGCAGAAGCUGAUGAGCCUGCCACCCAUUUUCAAAGCAUCCCAGAUGCCUUUUGGUGGGCUGUAGUGACCAUGACUACAGUCGGUUAUGGGGAUAUGAAACCCAUAACUGUGGGUGGGAAAAUAGUUGGGUCCCUGUGUGCCAUUGCGGGAGUGUUAACCAUUGCUUUACCAGUGCCAGUGAUUGUCUCCAAUUUUAACUAUUUCUACCACAGAGAGACUGAGAAUGAAGAACAAACUCAGCUGAUGCAAAAUGCAGUCAGCUGCCCUUACCUCCCAACAAAUUUACUGAAGAAAUUUAGAAGCUCAUCGUCUUCAUCCACAGAGGAUAAAUCAGAAUAUUUGGAGAUGGAAGAAGGAGUUAAAGAAUCUCUUUGUGUAAAGGAGAAAAAAAGUCAGGACACGGGGAAUAGCAGUGAGUCAGAGAAGAAAAACUGUGUAAAUUCGAAUUCUGUGGAAACUGAUGUGUAAUUUUGAACGUUUCCAAAUAUGUUUAUGCAUUAAAGAGUGCAGUGAAAAUAAUGAAAUAUGCAAACAACAGUCCACAGCAUAUAGUAGUAUGCCAUUUAAUGGUUAAAUACAAAUAAAAAGCAUUGCUAAACUUGUAUUACAUAUCAAGUAAGUGGUAUAACUUGAGGAAGUGAUUGCUAGAUCUGAUAUAAUUUCAGACUUUAUAUUUUUAUUAGAAUGCAAGUGUUUUGCACAUGAGGCUGAAAAAUUUAUUAAAUCCAAGUCAGUUUUAAAGUGGGUGCAUGAACUGUCGACAUCACUAAUAACAGCUCUGUGGUAAAAGUUGGCAUUCAGAGGUAUUUACUAUGUAAGAAGCAAUGAAGUUUGGUAGUCAUGUAUCUAUUUAUCAAUGCUUUAAUAGCAGCUACCAUGAAUCAUUGGAUACCAUAGUAAUUGUUUUUCAAAUGGUAAAUUUAUUGUAAAAAAGAUAUUCUGCAGAAGAUAGAUCUAAUUUUUUUUUUUCUUGAAAUAUAUAAUGCUUGUUUUUAACUGGAAAUUUACUUUGAAAAGGCUGCUGACCCUCCAGAAAUUGUUUAUUUUUAUAACUGUCUUUGGAGGCAUGGCAGCAUUUGUUGUCUAAUAAUGAAAGAAAUGAAGUAAGAGAAUCAUUUAACCUGGUCUGACUGCAAAGGCAAAAUGACUGGAAUGCUUUUUUGCACUACUUUAUAUGCUGGAGAUAUAUUGAAAGAGACUUCAUACUGUGAAUGUUUACUAAUGUAAUAGUUCAAUGACAAUCAUUGGAAGAGUGAAUUUUGCAUCAUAUUUUCUUGUUUCUUUUUUCUUUAUGUGAUGCUGAUGGUGAAACAGCUAACAUUACAUUAAUUCCAUACUCUUUUUAAUUAUCUGUGAUCUGGAAAAGGAUUGUGAAGUAAAAUUUUAUAAUCAAAAUGAUUUGAAAUCAGUGUUUCCUACUGAUGCCAUCAAGAAAUACCAACGUAAUUUGUAUCUUUUUCCUGGUUAAUUUAACAUUCAGAGUCUAUGAUGAGUACAUGCAUUUUGUCAGUACUGAAGAAAUUUAAUGUAUGGGAGGAGAAAAUAGCAGUAAUGAGACACUCAGUUGUUACAGUACUGACAAUUGAGAAUUGCUAACUUUUAACAUGCUAUUAUUGGUGCUGCAUUUUCCCUUAAUUA